AUGCCACUUAGCCCUGUGGUGGAGGCCCGACUACGCCUCAGGCUGGGCGUGGUGCGCAGGCAUUUAGCUCAGCGGAGGGUGAUACCGGUGGUUCCGAGGUUAGGCGUGGAAAAAUUGCGGUCGUGCCCCUUCUUCGCCAAGUGGCCUGCAGCGGCUCUGUCGGAGCUCCGCCGGGAGAUGGUGCUGGAAGUCUACUUGAGGGGGGAGGCGCUCCUGUACGGCGGGGUGCCCUGCGCCGUGUCGUCUUUGUUUUGGAUCGUCUCUGGAACGCUCGCUGAGCUGCCGAGCAGGCGUGACCGAUGUGAGCGGAAGAGGCUUUUGGAGACCGUGGAGGGCAGCGUCCCCCUCGUGAGCAAUGUUUGGGGUAAGGCGCCCUCGUGCGGGUCUUCGCACGCCGAGUUUCAUGACAACCUCGCCACCUUUGGCGCUGGCCAGUUUGCCGCGGGGGAACGCCUGUUCGUGGGCCUGCCGUACCAUAGGACCAUACACUGUGAGAGCAACGUCACGUGCCUUACCGUGAGUUUUCGUGCCGUCCAGAGACUUCGGAAAAAGUGGCAGGUGCCGCCAGAGGCAUCGGAGUCGGCAGCGAAGGAAAUUAUGCGGGAGCAGCUGUUACGAGCUGACGAUCGACCUCCACUCCCACUCGCCCUGCAACAAAAUCCAAUUUUAUGCUGCCUGGAUGCCGCAACACUCAGCAUUCUCUGGAUCCGCCUCUCCCCGAUGGUAGCCUGCGCCAACGAAGUCAUCUGCGACGAUGUUUUUACUGCCGACACCGUUAGUUUCCUCUUGUCAGGGGAGGUGCGCGUGGGCGGCACGCGUGACCAGCGCAGCAGUAAAAUUGUCCCGUGUGGGGGCGCCGUUGGGUUGCAGAGCUUUGCACCGUAUGAGGUGCCCCGUGCUGGGGAUGAAAAGUGCCCAGCCGUGGCGCUAACCUUCUCGCAACUAUGGGGGAUUGGACGGCAGGCAUUUUCGGAGAUGGUGAGCGACACGGAAUGGAGAAAGUGCGCGGCAGUUGCCCAGAAGACGAUACAUUUUAAGAUUGACCCCGCGCUUCUGGAAGGGGUGAGGGUGUUCGCCUCACUCUCUCUCGCCAAGGUUGCGGCGCUUGCAAAGCGGAUGGAACUACGUGUGGUCCGGGGGGCCGCGUACAUAUUGUCCCCGAAUAAGAAGCCACAAGAAGCCAUUGUGGUGUUGGUGGGCAGAGUCUAUUUUGAGGAGCAGACUUCUGCAGAGAGGGCGCCGCAUGGUGGGAAGGCAGCGAGGACUCAUAUCCCUUGUGGUACUCCCGUGGCGUUUGCCGAGUGUGUGGCGGAGGUGCCGCUGCGGUGUGGCGUGUUUGCUGAGACAGGUGCCGUCGUCGUGAGCCUGACACGUCGCGCCAUGGUGGAGACUUUUCGCAGAAACGACAACGGGCCGGAAAUGGAGCCGGCGGUCACAGAGGCCGCCAUGACUCAGCUGGAUGUUCCGCUUGCCGCACGUAACGCGGCACGCAUCGUAAACAAGGCCCAGGAGAGGGCGGUGCAGCGCGUGCGGAAGCACGCGCUGGUGCAGCCGAGCAGCGCGGCGCCACGGGAGGAGGAGCAGCAGGGCGUCUCUCUUCUGGACCUCGACGUCGAUCGGAUGAUUGAGCUCCGUACCCAGGUGCUGUCGACGCUUGCCUUGCAGGUGCGAAGCCUCCGCCCAGGCAUGUGGCAGGCGGAGCGUGGCGGGGCUCAUUACGACACGGCCUCACGCACCAUCAUGAGGAACGCGGCGCCCAACGAAGCGCCAAAACCGCACCGUCGGCAAUCCUGUUUCUCGCUUGACGAAAGGGGCUGCCUUGUGUUUUGCGGCAAAGGCGCCGUCGUGGAUGAAAAGCCGGAGGGGGGCGCGCAGCCGCCUGGCUCACUGAGUGGGGCGGAGGGAGAGGAAUACGCUCCAAGGCGCGCCUCGCCAAUUCAUUUGGCAGCUAAAAGUGCCCGUUCAAAGGCGUCCCACAAACUUCCGUCCCCUUCCGCCCUGCGAUGUGCCCCUGCUGAGAAGCUGCCCCCCGUCGUGGGCCCUGCGCCGGCGUCUGAGCGGGUAAAGGCGCUUCGGCGCGUGGGGGAGCAGCUGCAAGAGGAGGCCGACAACGCGCUUAGUCUCCCCCUGGGCUGUUUUUUGUCCCCAUCAGGGGCACACAAACCGCUUGCAUACUGCGAUGUAAAGGAGAAGGUGCGAAUGCGGGUGUGCGAGUAA